CACCCCUCAGCAUAGCGCGGCGGCCGGCCAUGGCUCAGUGAGGCGGCGGGGGCCGGGGCCUGGCGCAGGUGAGGGGGGCGGCGGCGGCGGCAGAGGCGAGAGCUGGAAGGCUUGACCGGCCGGCGAGGGCAUCUCUGAGCCGAUCCUCGCGGGUUCUUUUCUCCGCUCCUCCCUGUAGGUAGGACGGAGCAGCCGGGAGGAGGCAGCGGCGGCGGCAGGAGCGGGGCCCUCGGAAGCAGCAGCCGCCGCCUCACGGGCGCGCUCACCCCGAGAUUCCGCGCGGCCCUGAGCCCCGCCCCCGCCCCCAGGGCAGAAGCCCCUUGCAAGGGACCCGAUCUCAGUGCUGCCCCUUCUUCUCCCAGGCGCAGGCUUCCCUCUUCCUCCUUUUCUCUCUCAGAAAACCAAGCCCACCUUCGCGUGCCUCAGUUUCACACACACCCCGGGAAUAAAAUUCCUCCUCUGGGCAAAGGCAGCUGCGAACCCCCUGGGAAAGGUGGGGGCAAGCCACCGGGGCAUCCAGCCCUAUGAGGAUUCCUCCCUCUGCUUCCCUUCUCCCCGCGGCUUUCCCCGAUUCCCCGCGGGGGGCGUGCCAGCCCCCUGACUCGGCAUUCCUCUGCCCCAGCUGCUCCCCCUCGCCCUCCUCUGCGCCCACCUGCCCGCCAGCUGCUCCCCGGUUCGCGGCCUCCCUGUUUUAUGGUGUGCAAGGGGAUCGCCAGCGCCCAUGAGGGAGUACAAAGUCGUGGUUUUAGGGAGUGGGGGGGUGGGCAAGUCGGCUUUGACCGUGCAGUUUGUCACCGGGACGUUCAUUGAGAAGUACGACCCCACCAUCGAAGACUUCUACCGCAAGGAGAUUGAAGUGGACUGCUCCCCAUCAGUACUUGAAAUCUUGGAUACCGCAGGCACGGAACAGUUUGCUUCCAUGCGUGAUCUCUACAUUAAAAAUGGCCAAGGCUUCAUCCUAGUUUACAGUUUGGUAAACCAACAAUCUUUCCAGGACAUCAAGCCAAUGAGGGACCAAAUUGUUCGUGUAAAGAGAUACGAGAAGGUUCCUCUCAUCCUGGUGGGGAAUAAAGUGGAUCUGGAGUCGGAAAGGGAGGUUUUGUCGGCGGAAGGUCGUGCUCUGGCCCAGGAGUGGGGCUGCCCCUUCAUGGAGACAUCUGCCAAGAGCAAGACCAUGGUGGAUGAACUCUUUGCAGAGAUCGUGAGGCAAAUGAACUAUGCAUCCCUGCCUGAAAAGCAAGACCAGUGUUGUACAACUUGUAUUGUCCAGUGAAAAAGAGAAAGCAGAACCUCAAUCAUGGCCACACCAAGCAG